AUUAAACAUUAAAAUUAACCAGCUGUUGAUGUCCAUAAUACUAACUCCAUGGAAUUACCUAAUGUGAAUUAAUUCCCAAACAAAACAAAACGUAUAACAUAAAAUUUUGCUCAGAUGAUGACAUUACCAAUCUUAUUUGAUUUUAUAUUUGAAAUGAUAUUAAUAAACCCAUGAUGUGGUGUCAUUAAAAUUUGCAAUCUCUAAACAAUAGUCGGAGCCCAGUAAAUUAAAUCUUUCUUCUAACCACAUUUCCCCCCGACAGACAUGGACAGAAACAACCAGACUGGAUUCACAGAAUUCCUUCUCCUGGGACUCUCUGGGCAGCCAGAGCAGGAAGAGGUUCUCUUCGGUUUCUUCCUGUGGAUGUAUCUGGUCACCAUCGCUGGGAACAUGCUCAUCACGCUGGCCAUCAGCUGUGACAGUCAUCUCCAUACGCCCAUGUACUUCUUCUUGGCCAACCUCUCCUGUGUUGACAUCUGCUUUUCAUCGGUCACCGUCCCCAAGAUGCUGGUGAAUCACGUGCUGGGAAGCAAGUCUAUGUCAUAUGCGGAAUGUAUGACGCAGAUCUACUUCCUCCUCACUUUCGGCAACAUGGACGGCUUCCUCCUGAGCGUGAUGGCCUACGACUGCUACGUAGCCGUGUGCUGCCCACUGCACUACGCCAUGCGCAUGAGGCCCAGACUCUGUGUCCUUCUGGUGGCCGUGUCCUGGCUCAUCACACACCUGCAUGCUCUUCUCCACACCAUUCUCAUGGUCCGACUCACAUUUUGUUCCGACAAUGCCGUGCACCACUUCUUCUGUGACCCUGAUGCUAUUCUGAGGCUCUCUUGUUCUGAUACCUUUAUCAAUGAAAUGAUGCGCUUCACUGUGACUGCACUGGUAUUUCUGACACCAUUUACAUGCAUCGUUGUUUCGUAUGCUUGCAUCUUCUCCACGGUCCUGAGGUCGCCGUCUGUCCGUGGGAUAAGGAAAGCCCUGUCCACGUGUGGCUCCCACCUCACUGUGGUGUCCCUGUUCUACGGGGCUGUCCUGGGCGUGUACAUGCACCCUUCCUCCUCCUACUCAGUUCAGGACACGGUGGCCACUGUCAUCUUCACAGUGGUGACACCACUGGUCAAUCCCUUCAUCUACAGCCUCCGGAAUCAUGACAUGAAGGGAGCCAUAAAGAAACUAAUUCUCAGGUUCUAGAAUUAUAAUUUUUAGAGCUGAGAGGACUCUUGGAAAUCAUACAUUUGUUCAUUUUACAAACAGAGAAGGGGGGACAGCAAUAGUUGCAAAA